AUGGGAUCUGGAAAGAGAGUUUCACUUAGACGUCAGGGUUCGGAGGUGGAUUGUGAUGACGAUGGCCAUUAUUAUAGCGAUAGAAAUGUACCACACUUAUUUAGAUGGAGAGGCUCUGUUAUCCCGAAUGUUAUAUUUCAGACCUUAAUUGUUACUGCUUUCGCAGCCGCCGUGACGGUGAUAUAUAUAAAAACGACUCUUAAGCCUGGCAUCCCACAAACAUUCAUCCCAGUGCUUGGUUUCGUAGUGGGUCUCUUACUUACCUACAGAACAAAUACUGCUUAUGAUAGAUAUUGGGAAGGUCGUAGAGCGUGGUCAUCAAUGGUAACUGCAAUCCGAAAUAUAACACGAUACAUUUGGGUGGGUGUAAGAAGAAAGAAGUCGGAUGAAGAAAAAAUUGAAGAAAAAGAAAAUCUGAAAAUAAAAUAUUUAAAAAUGAAACAAAAUAAAACGAGAAGAGAAAAAUUCGACACGAAAACAGGAGAAGAAAUCACAAAAGAAGAAGAAAAAAUCUUGAUAGAAAAAGCCUUGGAAGCUGAAGAAAAAGCAAUCAAAAAAAAAAAAGAAAUCAGCAAAGAAGAAGAAGAAAAAAUCAGAUUAGAAAAAAUCUUGAGAGAAGUAGAAGAAGAAGAAAUUGAGAUAGAAAAGAAAACAGCCAUAAGGCUUCUCAUAGGAUUCGCAUUUGCUGUAAAGCAUUAUCUUCGUGAAGAGGAGGGAAACGCAUGCAAAGAUAUUAAACCUUUUAUUUCGGAUAUAAAGUCAAACUUACCGGGAUUUGACGAUUUAAGUGAACAAGAUGCUGCUGAAAAAAACGCAGUUCAGGACAGGGAUAAGAGUAAAAAACAGAACAGCAAUGAUCGGAUGUGUUGGUUGUUCAGAAGGUUAAAUCCAUUUAGUAAUGGAAAAAAGCCACAUCAACGUGAAGAAAAAGAGGGGGGAAUACGUAUUAAUCACAAUCUUCCUUUAGAGAUUUCUUUAUAUCUUGCUGAUUAUAUUACAACACAAACUCGGAAAGACAGGAUUACUGUCCCAUUAGCCAAUAAUUUGUUAAUGAGUGUUAAUACGUUGAUAGAUUGUUUAUCAUCAUUUGAAAGAAUUUUGAGAUCACCGAUUCCUUUGGCAUAUUCCAUUCAUUUAACCCAAACAGUAUGGAUUUAUUGUCUCUCUCUACCUUUCCAAUUGGUUGCUUUCGUUGGCUGGUCGACUAUUGUUAUUGUAUUCUUUGCUACUUUUAUUUUACUUGGUAUCGAAAGAAUUGCUGCAGAAAUCGAAAAUCCUUUUGGUUAUGACCCAAAUGACUUAAAAUUGGGCGAUUUUUGCAGAAUAAUCGAACGAGAACUAAAACUCAUCAUAAACCAUGAUCCACCAAACGUUGAUCAUUGGGUGUUCAACAGAGAAAAUAUUGAUGCACUCCAGAGAAAAGACUCGUAUAUUGAUUCUUUGUAUCCUGAUAAAAAAGAAGUAAAGUUUGAUGAAAGUGCUAUGGAUUCUUUGUAUACAAAUCAUAAAAAAGAUGUAAAAUCCGAGAAUGAAAUUGCUAUUGAAGUUGAUGAUAAAGUUGAUAAAGUUGAUAAAGUUUCUAGAUAA